CCGGGGCUCCCCCACUCGGCGCGUCUGGCUGGCAGCACCGGGAGCCUUCCCUCAAUCCUCCCAGCGUUUGCUGCAAACGUGACUCACACGCUGUCCAGCCCAGUCCUGUUUUUGUGUGCAGUGGGACGGAAGGUCCUGUCACCCGGGCAACACAGAGACGCGGAAGCACUGCGGGUGAGAGCACUGUCUGCAAUUACAGCCUCGCCUCGCCGGGACACAGCAGCCCAUUUGGAGCGGAGCUGCAAGCUGCAGACCAGUUCGGCGCUGUCCUUAACAACGGGGCCCAGCUUGCCAAACUUCAAUCGGAUCCCGGAACAACACACAGGUGACUGCAGUGCAUUUGAGCAAUGUCAAACAAAGAAAGCUUCGACGAUCAGUACAUACUUUUCUUUGAACAGACGGCGUCUAGAAAGUUUGUAAAACAGCAGAAGACAGCCCAAAGUAAUCUACCUUCUGAUUCAAAGACUCAAGAGGCAAGAGCUCAAAAGAGCAAAAAACAUGUCACAACACUAGGUGUUGCUGAUGAAGGAAAGCCAGAUGAAGAUGACCUAAAAUCUUCCUCUCAAUUCUUGAAGACUGAUUCCCUACGGGGCCUUGCUCCUUCGUACACUGAGUGCACACCGAACUAUUAUUCGGACAGGCAGAAACUUUCUGUCCCUUGCUUACUGGAUGCGAUUAAUGGAAUGCUUCUGCACUGCAAAAUUGUUGGAAUGCAAUUUCCCCAAGGGCUCGAAAACAUAUUGAACUAUAGCUGGAAAGACUUCAUCAGAGACAUGGUGUACAUUAGGAAGGAUUGGCCAAACCCAGCUUGCAGGUACGCCUAUGCACAGAGAAAGUUCAGCACAAGAUCGCCCUACAGCAGGAUAUCAGUUGAUACUAUCAUCAUGAACAGUGGCAAAAACAGAUCCAAAUCCCAUUCGCCCCUUGGCGACGUUGCACCAAAGGCUAAGGCUGAGGCGCCACCAAUUGAAACCUCUCCAGUCAAAAGUAAGAAGAAAGGUAAAAAGAAGCUUCGGAAGGAUAUAUUAUCCAAAUCUGCCCAUCCAUCAGGGUUCACAAUCAGUUUCUCAGUAUCAUCCGGAUCUUCAACUGAGGAAGGGUGGCUCAUUAAGCCAUAUGAUGACGUCUUUGCAAAAAUGGACAUGAAGACAAUCUACAGACUGAUGUUGGCGAAGAUCCAAGCUGCAAACACAAGGAUAAAAUUGCAAAGGAUGAAUAUGGCAAAGUACGGAUAUAACAACCCCGUUAUCCUCCUCCAUUACGAAGAGGCCAGAACUGUGCCCUUGAGCAAGUACAGGAAGCAGGCUUCAGCCCCUGUGUUCACUCUAAGGGAUGGAAAGCCUCCAAUCCCAGCCAUGAAAGUGGAAAACCCUGCCUUAAAUAAACUACAUUAUGCAUUAAAUGAUGGAUCGUGCAUCAUUUAUUACCCUUCUGGUAAUCUUGCUGUAUGUCGCAGUCACUCUGGCCUCUCCUGCCCAGAAGCAUUUUACACCAAUAUCUUCAAUGAUUCGGCAGAAUAUCCCACUCUCGUGGGCAGCUUCACACCAUUUGGCUGCGGAAGCAUUUUCUUAACCGGGAUAAAGGCGAAGGUCCUGCUGUACCAUGAAGAGGGCGGUUUGUUGAUAGAUGAAAAUAAAAUUUCAAUGAAACAUUGGAAUUGGCCAAAGAGAGGAAAGCUUCCGGAGCCGAUUUGGGUGCAGGUUAAUGACUACAUCUCUGUGAGGAUCAAUGGGCAAUACUCAAUCAAUUUCACCUACAAAUGGCAGUAUGAGUACAUCCGCUUUCCCCUUGGUCCCCUGCCAGACAUUGUUGCUCCACGGCCUGACGAGAUGGGUGAGCUAAUGACUGAAUUACCUUUCACAUCGCUAGCCGCCAAGUCUAUCAUGCCAAUGAUUCCAGUAAGACCAAAGGACAAGCGCUCCAUAACGCCGCCAAUCGGGAAGCGACCCAGCAUCCAGCGGAAUGUGGAAUUUGUUGGAGGCGGGCUUGCUGCUACCAAUAUCACAAUCAGUUCUCUGCGGCACCUGCACAGGAAGAUUAAGAACAUUAUUGAUAAAUGGAUGGAACAUUAUAGAAAGGAAACCGGUUUGAAGAACAUGCCGAGAAUGAAGAUGGAUGAGCCUGAUGGUCAAGGGCAGAAAAUGUUUGCAGAAGUGCAGAGGCUGAAUCUCCCUCACGGCUAUCGGGUCCCGGAAUCGGCUGACUAUAUCCGCUUCCUGUCAACCCGCAGCCUCGCCGUGACAAAAUGCCUGCCUCGUAGUUGCACUUUCACCAGCAAUUGGUCAGUCCCCAUCUCCACUGCAGACAGUUUUGCUGCGAUGUUGGCGAGCAGGAAUGUGUCGUUUGUCCGAGGUAGUUUCAGAACCAAGACUCAAUUACCCAAGGUUGACAAGGAUGAAAGGCCGUGGCUGCAAUCUCCUGGCCGUUGCCCAGUCGCCCUGCGGCUCACCAUGAUGGGUGAGGGGAUGAAGCACUGCAAGUGUAGCCCCAACAGGGUGCCCAUCAUCACUGACCUGGAGUUUGACACGUUUAUCAGGAGAACCAUGCCAGACAUCCAGCAGAUCAUCCUUGUGUGUGUGGUGUCAUCCUACCUCAACCUUCUACCUCACGACACCAUGAUCCAAGAGCUGUACGAGGAGAUGAACCGGAACCGCAGCCAGCCCUGUGUGCAGAACGGACUCGAUCCAUUCCGAAUAUUAAGGUACGAUAUCAGCACAGCAAGCACCUACACGGGCCAGACGACUGCGCUGCUAGUGGAGCAACACAACGUAACUCCUGGCAUGUUCCUGAUGUACAUGGGAGGCAAGUUACUAUUUGCUGACUACGUUUUUAAUGGGUACAGUAACACUGUUAAGGAUCUGAAGAAACAAAUCGCCAAAACCUACCAAGACUAUCUAAUGGGCCGUCAUCUGCUCCAUGACUUCAGAUUCAGUGAAUUUAAUUCCUCGCUGGCCAGUAUGGAGCAGGACAGAGAUUUCUGGAUGGACCAUCGUUUGAGACCCAAAUCUGAGACCUCCGCCCACCCAGGCACAUGCAUCAUUCACGAUGCUGACAGAGCUGUAACCGUCGAGGAUUUCAUCUCCUUUAGCUUGGCCCAGGGAAGAGGCUGCUGCAAUGAAAGCACGCAGUAAACGGCACCUGGACCACGGGCUGUACAGUGGAAGACUGCUCCGGUGAACCCCAGCAGUAACCUGGCUCACUGCUUGCAGCUCGAGUUUGACUUUGCAGUGUAAUUUCUGCAGCACUUUCACGAUAAAACUAAAAUCACUGCACUACUUUGUUAGGUGUGGUCAUCUCAAUCAUUUUGUGUUGCUCCAGCACUCUUUCACAUCAAUACAGCGGACACACUAGUG